GAAGUACAAGAAAUAUGAAUCGCAAAAAAGGCCUUACUAAUGAAGAGGCUUAUAAAAUAUUGUUUGAAGAUAUUCCAGACGAUACUGAUACUGAAGUAGAAGAUAGUAGUGAUGACGAGAGAAAUGUGGCUACAGAAGAACAAGAUAAUUUUUCUUCUGUCUUUGACAAACUUUUAGCUGCUGAAGAGGCAACUGUGGACCAGACUGUGACCCAGCCACCUUCUGGAAAUGAUGAGUGCUUAUUACAAGAUCCUGAAGGCAAUACUUCUUGCAAUGAGAACGACAGCAUGCAAACUAAAACACCGCCUCCCAAAGACGCACCCAGGGGAUGGAAGAAAAAGACAGUGACUACAGAAAUACCGGAGUAUCUUCACCCAGAAGAGGCAACUGUGGACCAGACUGUGACCCAGCCACCUUCUGGAAAUGAUGAGUGCUUAUUACAAGAUCCUGAAGGCAAUACUUCUUGCAAUGAGAACGACAGCAUGCAAACUAAAACACCGCCUCCCAAAGACGCACCCAGGGGAUGGAAGAAAAAGACAGUGACUACAGAAAUACCGGAGUAUCUUCACCCAGAAGGUAAUAUAGUUAUUUGGUAAUUUAUAAGUGGCGAUAUUUGAGCGGUUAUGAUAGCUGAUGGUGAAUUACGUGUGUGUAUGUAGCA